AUGGCGACAUCUCAACCAGCAGAUCCCGUAGCGCCGUCUGCGCUUCUAGCAACAGCAAACCACGUUGAGACGGCACCCCUGUCGUCGUCCUCGUUGUCUCCUGCUCCAGUGCUAAAGAAGCGACGGGUCGAGAGACGCGAGCGACUGCGGAAGAGCGCUCUGUGCAAGCACUUUGACAAACCCGGUGGCUGUCCGUUUUCCGACUGCAAAUUCGCUCACGGACGAGUGGAGGUGAAUGACAAUGACCCGCACUCGGUCGCGGCGCAGCGGAGACUCAUCCGGGAGCAAGCAGAUGAUCGUGUUGAGGAGCAAUUCCAGACAGGAGAUGAAGGCGCUGUCACUUCCAAGCGUCGAGGCACGAUGAUUGAGCGCUACUACACGGAGAUGUUCUCGUGCGACACGAUGGGCAAACCGAUGGAAGACCAGUAUGUGCACAUGCACUCGAAUCGUCUGUGUGUGGUGGGGGUGGCGGAGUCCCAUCCAGUGAUGCAGGAAGAGCUGGCGAGCGUCGAGUUUCCUCGAAAUGUGGUGGAAAACCACGUGACAGGCAAGAAGAAAAAAGGCGGCUGUUUCAUGCUGCCCGACACGGUCGUUUGCGUCCUCAAGUGCAAGAGCAACCGCGAGUUCACGCUGCGUAGUUGCAUUCGAGGCUCGUUGAUCGAGUUCAAUAGUCGCCUAUUGAAGGAGCCAGGAUUGUUGACGGCAAAGCAUCAAUCGGACGGGUACCUUAUCAUCAUUCAGCCCAAGAAGGUAGAAGUCGCAGAGAUUCAAGAAUCGCUGCUUUCGAAGGCUGAAUACAAGCAAUUCCGCGCCAUCUCUUCCAAGGCUGAUGCGGAAUCCAAUGGAUCAAACGAUAAUGUUGCGAAAUCGAACGGAUCCGACAAAGACGCUGCAAAGUCGGAUGGAUUAGACGAGACUGCUGUGGAAACAGCUUCAGCAGAGAUACUACAGCUCACUGAGAAAGGAUCGGAGUUCAAGGUUAUACCUACGGAAGAGUAG